GGAAGACCGCAACCUUUCACUCAGUCGAUCGAUUUCCUUCAACUGGGGUGGACGUGCUUCUGUCCAGCACCUGGCCUACUCUGCUUUCGGUUGUGAUUUGGUUUUAAGUGUGACUCAUAAGCCUAACCAGUCGAUAAUAAAUCUUCAUUCUUUUCAAUCGAUUCACACAAUUGGACAGUAAUCACGAUGGCUUCGAAGAUGAAGAAAGAGAAAAUCGCAAUCAUCGGCAGCGGCUUGAUUGGCCAGUCUUGGGCCAUGCUGUUCGCUGGUGUCGGCUAUCAGGUCACGAUUUUCGACAUCGUACCGGAAGUGGUACAGAAAGCCCUGAAACAAACGGAAACCGAAUUGAACAAUCUGGAACGGAACGGUCUGCUGCGGGGAGCACUAUCAGCUAGCGAACAAUUUGCCUGCAUUCGUGGAUCGCACAACUUAAAAGAAACGGUGGACGGAGCAUUUUUCCUGCAAGAAUGUGUCCCGGAAAAUUUAGAACUGAAGAAAAAACUGUACAAAGAUUUGGAUGCUGUCGUCGGUUCGAACACGAUCAUCUCCAGUUCGACUAGUACUUUUAUUCCUUCUCUGUUGAGUAAAGAUUUGAAGCACAAGGAUCAGGUUUUGGUUUCUCAUCCCGUCAAUCCACCAUAUUAUGUUCCUUUGGUGGAGAUUGUCCCUGCUCCAUGGACGAAACCUGAGUACACCAAACGGACACGUGAGCUGAUGAGCGAAAUCGGUCAAAAACCGGUGACAUUGUCACGUGAAAUUGAAGGUUUUGCCCUCAAUCGUAUUCAGUAUGCCAUUCUGAAUGAAACCUGGCGGCUGGUAGCUGAUGGCAUCCUAAGUGUGAAGGACAUCGAUAGCGUAAUGUCGGAUGGGUUGGGAAUGCGCUAUGCAUUUUUGGGUCCAUUGGAAACGGCUCACUUGAAUGCGGAAGGUAUGCUGAGCUACUGUGAUCGGUAUUGCAACACGAUGUAUGCGGUCAGUCAAACCAUGGGCCCUACCCCCAGAAUGGAGGGUAAGGUUGCCCAACAGGUUGCCAAAGAACUGGAGGAAAUGGUCCCAAUCAACAAACUGCCAGAGAGACGAGCCUGGCGAGAUUCUUGCCUUACUAAGUUGGCUCAGUUGAAGAAAAACAUCUGAAUUAGGCCCGCGAUUGGAUGAUUAGCUUGCCAUAUUUGUUUCUAUGUAAUAUCCUUAUGAAAUAUAAUAUAUUCAAGAAUUCAAA